AUGGUUGGUGCAGCCAUGAGUAGAGAUAUUGGAGAGCUGAGAACAUUGGCUGAUGGACGAGAUGGAGAGGAAGUAGGAGAACCGGCUGCUCAGCAAAUCAACCUCAACCAAAGGGGAGCUGCUGUUGGAGCUGAGAGAGCACGCAUAGGGCCUAGAAGGGGACCAGGAGUUGUAGUUGGAGGUCAUAGGAUCUAUGGUGAACAAGUUCAAGAGGAUUCAACUGAUGAGAGUGAUAAUGAGUCUCAGGCUAGCCAACACAGUAGACACCAUAACUGCAGACGGCCAGCAGCUGAUAAUCUAGGUAAUCUCAAGCUGAGAAUACCUCCAUUCCAUGGCAAGAAUGAUCCAGAUGCCAAUUUGGAGUGGGAAAAGAAGAUAGAGUUGGUUUUCAAUUGCCAGCAGUUUACUGAGGAGAGGAAUGUCAGAUUAGCAGCCACUGAAUUUUAUGGUUAUGCUAUAAACUGGUGGGAGCAGAUUGCCACUACUAGCAGAUGCAAUGGAGAGCCUCAGAUAGCUUUCUGGUUUGAGAUGAAGACUGUGAUGAAUAAGAGGUUUGUUCCUACUCACUAUGGGCGAGAUCUUCAACAGAAAUUGAGAAGGCUUUCUCAAGGAGCCAAGAGUGUAGAAGACUAUCACCAGGAGAUGGAGACACUCAUCUUGAAAGCUGACUUGAUUGAGGGUGCUGAGGCAACUAUGGCUAGGUUCCAAGGAGGGUUAAACAGAGAUAUACGAGACAGAUUGGAGCUACAAGAGUAUGAGGACAUGGAUGAGCUACUGCACAAAGCUAUUCUGAUUGAGCAGCAAAACAAGAGGAAGAGUUCAGCCAAAACUCCAAACGGCUCUGCUGCAAAAUCAGUGUACUCCAAGGAUGAUAAGUCAUCUGAUAAGCCAAAGGAAGGGUCUUCAUUAGUGGAAGCAAGGCGAGAUGACAAGGGCAAAGAAUCAGCGACAUCCACUAGGUCCAGGAAUGUCAGAUGCUUCAAGUGUCAUGGGAUUGGGCAUUAUGCCAAUGAUUGUACCAACAAGAAGGUGAUGAUAAUACUAGCCAAUGGAGAUGUGGUUUCUGAAGAUGAAAAAUCCGACCAGGAGUCUGAGGAUGAGGGCGUAGAGUAUCCUGUCCGAGGAGAGUUGCUAGUCACCAGGAGACUCCUCAAUGCUCAACCUAAAGCCAAAGAGGAUGAGCAACGAGAGAACAUCUGUACCAAUGUAGCAAGUGAGGAACUGGUGGAUAAAUUGGAUCUUGAGGUGUAUAAGCAUCCUAAGCCAUACCUCUUGCAAUGGUUCAAUGAAGAGGGAGGGCUAAAGAUUAGCAAGCAAGUGAAAGUCUUACUGUCAGUGGGGAGAUAUCAGGAUGAGAUCACUUGUGAUGUGGCGCCUCUUGAAGCUAGCCACAUUCUUCUUGGUCGCCCUUGGCUGUUUGACAAGAGGGCAGUACAUGAUGGCUUCACCAACAGACACACCUUCACUCACAAGGAGAAGCAGAUCACGCUGGUACCACUGUCGCCUCAGGAAGUGCACCAGGAUCACAUGCAUCUUAAGAAGAGAAGGGAUGAAGAUAAGGUCACUGGUAAAGCCUUGUUGCUGGAUGAAUCUAAACAGGAGUAUAGGGAUGUCUUUCCAGAGGAUAAUCUAGUUGGUUUACCACCCAUUAGAGGUAUUGAACAUCAAAUUGACUUUGUACCAGGAGCUUCCAUUCCAAACCGGCCAGCAUACAUGACAAACCCUGUUGAGACAAAGGAGCUCCAGAAACAAGUCAAUGAACUCUUGGAGAAAGGCCACAUCAGGGAAAGCUUGAGUCCUUGUGUUGUACAUGUGCUACUGGUUCCUAAGAAAGAUGCUACAGGACAAACUUUGUUGAGACAAAGGAGCUCCAGAAACAAGUCAAUGAACUCUUGGAGAAAGGCCACAUCAGGGAAAGCUUGA